AUGAAGCCUUCAGAUAUUUCAUGCCACUCCAGUUCCCUUGAGCCACUUGAUCUCUUUCCAAGUGCAACACCAAAUUCUCACGACUCUAUGCCAUUGCUAGACUCUUUACAUGAAAAGCAGAAAGCACAUGGUGAAGAAAAAGAGGAUGUCACAGUGGCCUUGCACAUUGGCCUUCCUAAUUAUUCAUGCAGCAUCAAUAAUCUUAACUUGAAGGGAAAUGCAAAUGUAGCAGCUCAACAAUACUGGAUACCGACUCCUGAACAAAUACUCAUAGGCUUUACUCAUUUUUCUUGCCAUGUUUGCUUCAAAACCUUCAAUCGCUAUAACAAUCUUCAGAUGCACUUGUGGGGUCAUGGAUCUCAAUAUCGUAAAGGACCUGAAUCACUAAAGGGAACCCAACCACGAGCUAUAUUAGGGAUUCCAUGCUAUUGUUGCGCAGAAGGGUGCAAGAACAACAUAAACCACCCCAAGCCAAAGCCGCUAAAAGAUUUUCGAACAUUACAAACGCAUUACAAGAGGAAGCAUGGACACAAACCUUUUAUGUGUCGCAAGUGUGGCAAAUUCUUGGCUGUGAAAGGUGACUGGCGAACUCAUGAAAAGAAUUGUGGCAAGCGUUGGCUAUGUGUUUGUGGGUCAGAUUUCAAACAUAAGAGAUCACUCAAAGACCACAUUAAAGCAUUUGGCUCUGGCCAUGGCCCAUUUCCUCCUCCUUUUGACGGUGUGGUACUCGAGGAUGCUUCGUCUUCUUUAGUACUUUUGUAA